AUGGGAGAUGUUAUUCUUGACACAACAAUGGGACCGGUUACUAUAGAACUUUAUUAUGAUCAUGCACCAAAGACAUGUAAAAACUUCUAUGAAUUGUCAAAACGUGGAUAUUAUAAUGGUGUUGUUGUAAGUAAUUAUUUAAAAAAUAUAUAUAUAUCAAAAACUAAACAUCUUUUUCAGUUUCACCGUAUUAUUCCUGAUUUCAUUAUUCAAGGAGGAGAUCCAACAGGAACAGGUCGUGGAGGAUCUUCAAUAUAUGGAGAUAGUUUUGAAGAUGAAAUACAUCCAGAUCUUAAACAUACAGGUGCUGGAAUAAUAUCUAUGGCAAAUUCGGGUCCUGGAACAAAUGGAUCUCAAUUUUUUAUUACACUCAAUGCAACACCCUGGCUAGAUGGGAAACAUACAAUUUUUGGACGAGUAAAACACGGCAUGAGAGUGGUUCAACGAAUGGGUCUUGUUAAAACAGAUUCAAAUGAUCGGCCUGAAGAAGAUAUAAAAAUUAGAAAAGCUCUGGUUACAGAUUUAUAA